AUGAGUGACGGUUGGGAUGAGUGUGACGAGGGACGAAGCUUUGACCAGGCCAACUUCAACGAUGUUAGCGAAAGCGUUGCCAAUGGUGAUACGGAAAAUGGGUUUGCUGAUACGAACAACGGAUUCGGUGAAGGCUAUGAAGUGAACAACGGCUUCGGCAAUGACAACAACGGAUAUCGCAGCUACGAAAAUCGCGAUAAUGGAGGCUACGGGCGUCGUGGUGCUGGCCGUAUUGGAGGACGAGGCGGCGGUGGUCGAGGCCGUGGUGGCCGAGGAGGCGGUCGUGGUCGAGGUGGAAGCGGCGGUGGCUUCGGCGGCUUCGGUGGAGGCUUCGGAGACGAUCGGCCUCCAUACUCCGGCAACGAUCCCCGCAUGGACGAAGUAAAGUCCGACAAACCGAAAAGUCUAUACAUCCCACCGCUUCCGACCGAAGACGAAUCGUUGAUCUUUGGGUCCGGCAUUAGCUCGGGCAUUAAUUUUGAAAAAUUCGACGACAUCGAGGUGCGCGUUUCGGGUGAAAAUCCACCGAAUCAGGUGGACAGCUUCGCAACGUCCGGGUUGCGGGAUGAGGUGAUGACCAAUGUGCGCAAAUCAAACUAUAGUAAACCGACGCCCAUCCAGCGCUAUGCCGUUCCCAUCAUUAUGGCCGGGCGCGAUCUGAUGGCCUGUGCACAGACCGGUUCGGGCAAGACGGCCGCCUUUAUGCUGCCAAUGAUCCACAACCUGCUGGACAUGGAGGACGGGUUGGAGCUGCGUACGCGCAAUCCGUUCGUCGUUAUUGUGGCACCGACUCGUGAGCUUGCCAUACAGAUCCACGACGAGGGACGCAAAUUUGCGCACGGAACGAAACUGAGAGUUUGUGUUUCGUACGGAGGCACGGCCGUACAUCACCAGCUGCAACUGUUGCGCGCCGGAUGUCACAUCCUGGUUGGUACGCCCGGUCGAUUGCUGGAUUUUAUCGAUCGUGGCUAUAUAAGCAUGGAGAAUGUGAAGUUUAUGGUGCUCGAUGAGGCGGACCGGAUGCUGGAUAUGGGUUUUUUGCCAGCGAUCGAGAAAGUGAUGGGACAUCCGACGAUGCCCGAUAAGACGAACCGGCAGACGCUGAUGUUUUCGGCUACGUUUCCUGCUGAAAUUCAGGAACUGGCGGGUAAAUUUUUAAACAACUACAUCUGCGUGUUUGUCGGAAUUGUGGGCGGCGCAUGCUCCGAUGUGGAACAGACUAUCCACCAGGUGGAGAAGUUCAAAAAGCGUAAAAAGCUGGAAGAGAUUCUGAACGAAGGCAACCCGAAGGGUACGUUGGUGUUUGUGGAAACGAAGCGGAACGCCGACUAUUUGGCAUCGCUGAUGUCCGAGACCCAGUUCCCGACCACCUCGAUCCAUGGCGAUCGGCUGCAGCGGGAGCGUGAAAUGGCACUGGACGACUUUAAGUUUGGCCGGAUGGAUGUGCUGAUUGCGACCUCGGUAGCGGCCCGCGGGCUGGACAUUAAGAAUGUGUCCCACGUCAUUAACUACGAUCUGCCAAAGAGCAUUGACGAUUAUGUACACCGUAUCGGGCGUACGGGUCGCGUAGGAAACAAGGGACGUGCGACCAGCUUUUAUGAUCCUGAGGCUGACCAGGCCAUGGCGAGCGAUCUGGUGAAGAUUCUCACCCAGGCCGGGCAGCCAGUGCCGGACUUUCUGAAGGAUGCUGGCGGUGCUGGGUCAUACAUGGGAUCGUCACACUUCGGUGGCAAGGAUAUCCGUGAUUCGCACGGUUCCCGGGUUGGUGCGCAACCGGCUGCACUGGAGCCAGAGGAAGAAUGGGACUAA